AUGGUGGAAGCAGAAUCCAGGAUAAGUGACCUUGAGGCGAGACUGAAGACCGUCAAGAUGGAGGCUCAGCGUCAGGGGAGGAUGGCUGAGCAGAUGAAAAGCAAAGCCAUGGAAGCACGAGAGGCGUUGGCAAUAGCUAAUCGGGCUGGAGAGGAUGCCAAGGAGAAGGAGAACAGGUUACGAAGUGAGACCGAGCGCUUGAAGCGACAAUUAGAAGUAACGACACGAAAGCUUGAGAAAGAGAUAGUUGCUGCGAUGGCUAUGAUCAGUAUGCCCAGGUGA